UGGGUUCGAGCCCCACGUUGGGCGGUACCUUUUUUCCCGCCCGCCUCCAAACAGUGCAUGGGCCAGGAGCCAAGAAACAAUUCACGGGGAAACGCUUCGUCUCUCAACAUCCGAUAUGGUCUAGUGGCUAGGAUACCUGGCUCUCACCCAGGAGGCUCGGGUUCGAUUCCCGGUAUCGGAAAUUUUUGUUUUUCGUUGACUCAACACAACAAUUUAUGAUCCAGCGAGGUGUGAUCUUCGACGCGGCGUCCUCGACGACUAGGAGCAUGUUCAUCCUGCAGCCGCUUCCUCAGCGCCUGGUGCGGAGCGCGCCGCACCCCAGUCACGUCCUGGUGCGCAGGGAGCUGCCGGACACGUACGGCAGGCACGCCGCUGACACCACGCCAGCGACCUCCUGUGGCCUGCGCGACGGCAGCGGCGACGGACUGCCUUGGACGAACCAUACGGCGUACUCCGGCGGGCGGGGCCGCGUGGUGCGGGACGUGGCCGCCACUAGCGGCACGCUGCCCGCCGUGCACAUCGAAACGGCCGUCUUCGUGGACCGCGACCUGGUCCAACACAUGGCGCUCAACUUCCCCGUCGACACCGAGCGGGAGGUGGUGCGCUUCGUGCUGGCCAUGGUGAACGCGGUGCAGCUGCUGUACGAGUCGCCCUCGCUGGGCAGACCCGUGCGGCUGGCCCUCAAGCGCCUCGAGCUGCUGCACUCGGAGCCGUCGGGGCUGCGGCGCUCCCACGACAUCGACCGCUUCCUGUCGUCCUUCUGCGCGUGGCAGGCGGCCACCAACCCGGGCGGCGACGGCCACCCCCUGCACUGGGACCACGCCCUCAUCCUGACCGGCCUGGACCUCUACGUGGUGGGCAAGGGCGGCAAGGUGUCGUCGCAAGUCGUAGGUCUGGCCCCGGUGGCGGGCAUGUGCUCGGCGUCCAGCUGCACCGUCAAUGAGGGUCGCCACUUCGAGAGCGUGUACGUGGUAGCGCACGAGAUCGGGCACAACCUCGGCAUGCGGCACGACGGUCCGCUCUCGGACAACGACUGCGACCCCGGCAGCUUCCUCAUGUCGCCGACCCUGGGCUCGGGGAAGACGACCUGGUCGGCGUGCAGCCGUCACUACCUCCACACGUUCAUGCAGUCCCCCCAGUCGAGCUGCCUGCUGGACGCGCCGGGCCCGGACCUCCUGGACCACUCUGCAGGCGGCGUGCUGCCCGGGGAGCGCUUCGACGCGGACCAGCAGUGCAUGCUCAAGUACGGCCGUGGCGCCGUGCACUCCGAGGCGCAGGCGCUGGAGGACGCCUGCAGGGACCUGCACUGCCGACGGGACAGGUACACGUGGACGUCGCACCCCGCGCUGGACGGCACCAACUGCGGCAGGAGUAAGUGGUGCCGCCUGGGCCGCUGCGUGUCCCGGAGCUCCCUGGCCGCUGCCGCGCUGACCGGCGGUGCCGUGGACGGCGGCUGGAGCGAGUGGUCGCCCUUCUCGGACUGCGCCUCGGGAUGCCUGUCCGAAGACUCGCCGCACAGCGAGGCCCACGGCGAGCCCCAUGAGCUGAGGGGCUCCACGGGCAUCAUGGUGUCGACGAGGAGGUGCAGCAACCCGCGCCCCGAGAACGGCGGGCGGCCGUGCCUUGGCAGCGACCACCGCUACAGAACCUGCAACGCACCGCAGUGCGGCAACGUGGCGCGCACCACGAUCAGGGACUUCGCGGACCAGACCUGCGGCCGCGCCCGCGACGUGCAGCCCAGCCUCCUCGGCACGGGGCUGCAGAUGACCAGCAACGACCCUCGCGAGUCGUGCGCGGUGUGGUGCCACAUGCGCCAGGGCGGCGCGCGCCCCCGCGCCUGGAGCUUCCCCGACGGCACGGCGUGCGUCCUGGGCCGCGGAGGGGGCGCCAUCAGCUACUGCGUGGGCGGCCGCUGCGAGGAGUUCCGCUGCGAGCGCGGUGGUCCCGGGGACUCCCUCUUCGGACUGUCGCCCUCCCGAUGCAGCGGCGCUGAUAAGCGCCCCACCAGCCUCAACGCGGCCAGCUCCUUCCUGCAGAGGUUCCGCGACAAGGGUCGCCGCCGGGAGGCGGGGCAGCAGCAGCAGCAGCAGCCGACCCCAAGUAACGCCACUGCCACCUCCGCCACCCCCGCUGCCCCCGCCGCGGUGCCCACCGCAGCCGCCCUGGUGAGCGCCGGCGGUGCCCUGGAGCACGCGUCGGGCUGUCACUCGACCUGCGUCACGCCGGGCACGGGGCUGCGGCUGGUGCGACGGCGGGGGGCGGGGCCCUGCCGCGGGAACUGCACCCUGCAGACGUGCGAGCCGGACGUGCUGAGCUGCGGACGCCUGCGGACGCCGUUCGAGGUGGCCAGCGCUCUCUGCGCCAAGUUCCGGACCCGUGUGCGGCGCUUGUCGGGGCUGGGCAUGCAGAUCUCGGCAGCAGACGACGACCGGGACCGGCCCUGCCGCGUGGCUUGCCAGGACGAGGCCGUGCCCCACAGGUUCUACCUCGUCAACGGGCGCGACGGCUGGUUUCCCUUCGGAACGGACUGCUCCAGGGGCAAGCCCGUCCGGGCCUUCUGCGUGAGCGGCCGCUGUCUCGAGUUUGGCCACGACGGUACGCCGUUGUACGAGCCAGAGGCCACCCUGGCGCUGCCCGCCCGCGACCGCAGGAGACGGCGGCGGCGACGAAGACGACGACGCCGUGACGCUCUCUCGGUGCUUGCCGAGGGCGCCGUCGUUGUCUCGGAGUUAGACUUUGUCCACCCCGUCUCUAGUGCCAUCAGACCCAACGUCCUUUAGCUACUGCCGGAGUUCCAGAACACAUGCAGACUGCAGGUGCAGCCUCCAUGAGAAGCGAGGCAUCGAUAGCCAGCAUUAGCAGGAGGCAGGAUAUGACACACGGGUCCUGAGAAUCUUGUUUUACUUGCAAUCAAUAAUUAAGACAAGCAUCCUACCCUAAAUUUGGUCCACAAAUAAUUGUUAUUAAAUGACAACAGGACUCAUGUGAUAAGAUUGUGAUUGUUGUAUUUUCAGUAACUAAUGUUAACAGAAACGGAGCAGGGCAUUUAAAAAUAAAUACAACUAGUGAUCACCAUGA